AUGCGUUGUUACCUAGUGCACUUUCAGCAAGACAACACAAGAUUCCCACAGCUGCCUCAAAACUGCAACUCCACCAGCUCCCUCGACCAUCGACUUUCACGAUCACUUAAGCCAAGACUGCUACCUUCAACAACAUCAGAAUCUCCACCCCAGAAGCAUACACCCAAGCCAUGGCAUCCGCCCUCGUCUCGCGCUCGAGCCUUGCGGUCUCCCCUCAACCUCCCCCUGCUGGGCGCAUGCAGAGCCUCCUCUCCGCUCUCCCAAAGUUGCGCCUGGACGUUACACUCGCGCUCACCUUUACCUUUCCCCAAGCUUCCCGCUGAGUUGCGCAACCUGGUUUGGGAGCAUGCAAGUCCGAAUGAGGCGUCUCGUACCAUCGGCAUUGAUCUGCGCAAUUUCGGCAGGUGCGCUCAGCCUGAAGCACCUGGAAUCCUGAUGGCUAACAAAGAGUCAAGAGCUGAAGGCCUGCGAUUUUAUACUGCUUGCAAGGAGACAGUCAACGUAGAAGAUACCCAAGUUACAGAAUCGCAGAUUAUCUAUGUCAACUUUGAAGUUGAUCGAUUCUGCGUCCCAUUGGAAUACAUUACAUCUAUCAGCCCGACACACACCCUCAACUUCGACGACACCACUCUUCAGCUGAUCAAACUCCUUUCCUUCAAAGCUCGUCACAUCGAAUACUCUCUACGUUUGGCUCCGCCAUUAGAUAAAUGGAUGUCGCUUGCACACCUACAGCACAUAGGAUUCUUACUGCUAGUUCUAAUGGCUCACGAAUUCCGGAAUGACCUUCACCGCGAUGUCCUUGCGGACUGCAUGGAAAACGGCCUUGAGGAUACCGUUGACGAAGAGAUGCAGUUGCAGAACGAACGGGAGAGUUGGAAUGGAGUGGAUCUUGCGGCCCUGGCGAGUAGUUUUAUGCAGCAGGCGCUGGAGAGCGGUCCUGAUGCUAAGGUUAAAUUGAGCUGCAUGUGGCAGGAGUACAGAGAGAUGGAUUUGGUUCCCAUCCCCGCUGGUUUUCAGAGAGAUUCCUCCUAUGCUAGAAUUGGCGGAUACUGGUGGGAAUGGGAAUCUUGGGAAGAAGGCGGCCUCAAUCGUUCUCAUAAAAAUGCUUUGGAUUUAUAUCUAGGCAUCUGUGAAUAA